CACCGUGUCAGAUAUCUUCUUUGCUUUUUUCCUAUGGACGGUUCAUUUGUUCCUCCAUGCCUGAAAAUCAAUGGAUUAGAGAUGGGGGCAAUCCCUGGUCCACAUACUCAAAUGAAAAACGGGCCUUUAGAAUUUUUAAGAAAAAUGUGUACAAAGAGUUGAUUGAUCAGUGCUGUUUCUUUAUUUAUAAACAGUUUCAUUUUUCUUUUUUGCCUCAAUCAUGAAGUCUAACACUAUUGGCUGCUCUGAACAUGUGAUCAUCUUUCCUUAACAAAAGACAUACUGUGACACUUCUGCUUGGCCAAUCACACACAGUCUUCUCUAACAAGAGUGGAGACGGGUUUGAGAUUCUUUUCAUUCAGCAGGAUUAUUUAAAGACAAUGACACCUGCGAAGUUUGUCUUUUGUCUAACAUGUUUGCUCUUAGGGGAAAUGGCUCAGGUGAACAACCAGGAGUUCUUCUCGUCUGGUCGUCAAGAAAGACGUUUCAUAUCAGUUAGAACUGGGGACAGCGUGAUUUUGCAUUGUUCUAGUAAAAAUGGUGUAACUCCACGGUUUUACUGGUAUAAGCAAACAUUGGCAGAGAAACCAAGACUCAUUUCUACCUUCUAUGUAUAUGAACAAAAUGCCACAUUUCACAGUGAAUUCAAGAGUGAUCCACGCUUCACCCUGGAUACUCAAACAGGUCAAAACAACUUAAUAAUCUCAGAUGUGCGCAUUUCAGACUCAGCAACUUACUACUGUAUAUGUUCCUAUUUACACACAUCAACAUUUUCAGAGAGCAUUACUGUUGGUGUUAAAGAUUCAGACUUGAACAUCAAGGCUGUGGUCCAACAAUCAGCUUCUGAGACCAUCCAGCCAGGAAGCUCUGUGACUCUGAACUGUACAGUACACACUGGGACUUGUGAUGGAGAACACAGUAUAUACUGGUUCAAAGACUCUGAAGAAUCUCAUCCAAGACUCAUUUACACCCAUGGCGGCAGGAAUGAUCAGUGUGAGAGGAAACCCAACAGAAGAACACACACCUGUGUCUCUAACUUGACAAUGGAAAGCCUGAAUGUGUCUCAUGCUGGGAUCUACUACUGUGCUGUCGCCUCAUGUGGACACAUACUGUUUGGAGGAGGAACCACGCUGGUGUUUGGAGAUGAGGCAAAAUCUCUUGUCUUGGUGUACGUCUUGAGUGGAGCAUUGACUUUUACCUCCACCCUGGUUUUUUUACUGGCUUUUCUUCUCUACAAGAUGAGCAAAAGAAACCACUUCAAAUCAGGCCAUCAACAAGCAAGACUUUCAACUACCUCUGCAGAGGGUAGCCAUGAUGCAGACAACCUCCACUACGCUGCUUUAAGCAUUAACCUGCCCAACAGAUUGAAAAGACAGAGGAAAACUCAGAAUGAAUGUGUUUACUCUAGUGUCAAGCAGUAGGUUACAUUUUUUCCACUCUAGUGAGACAAAAAAUCCACACUGUCAUGGGGUUUGUGUUUUUGGUUUAAGUUAUACUCUGUGGAUUAUGGUUUUCUGUUUGUAAUAUAUUUAUAGUUGCUGGUUUCUAGGUUUCUGUUCUGUUUCUGUGCCUCCUCUUUGUUCUUGGUAAAGGUUUAAUUCUGUUCUCAGUGAGUUGUAUGCUUAGUCUUAGUUUCUGUCUUUAUGUCGUCCCUGUGUUCCACGUCUAGUUACUUUUGUCUCUGUGCUUAAGAUUCCCUCUGUUCCAGAGUCUGUCAAGUCUGCAUCUUCGCGGAUCUUUCAUGUGUUAGGCUUUGUCCUCUCUAUUUUUGGUAAUUCCACGCCGGUGGAAACCCAAACAAAACACGCGUUAAGAGGCUCUAAUGCGGCCCAUGUCACCCCUACUUGCGGCCCACAUAAUGACGUGACGAAAUACUUUUAAAAAAUAUUGUUCAAAAAUUUAUUAAUAUGGAGGCAAUAUGCAGAGUGUUACAGGCAUAGCCCUAAAGAAUGCCCGUCAUAGGCCCAGUUGUAAGUAAAAGCUAUUAAGACUCGACUGUACACUGUGUUCGUGUUUUCCUCCGAAGCAAUAAGUUCUGUUGAAGCAGCCUUUAAACUCCUCUCUCUGUCUCUCACUAGCAAAGUUGACCCAGACAACAAAGUAAAGCUAGUUUUCAGCUACGAGCCUGACACGAACCUGACGUAUUAACCAGA